AUUUUUUUUUUGUCAAACUUAAACAACACAACAAUGGAAGAAAUUGAGCACAGAAUUAUCAAAGUAAAUGGCAUUAACAUGCAUGUCGCCGAGAUGGGUCCGGUGAACGGACCGGUAAUUCUCUUCAUUCACGGUUUCCCUGAGCUAUGGUACACGUGGCGCCACCAGAUUGUAGCUAUGGCUUCUCUGGGGUACCGGGCGGUGGCGCCGGAUUUGAGAGGCUUUGGAGACUCAGACUCACCGGAGGAUCACCGGAGCUAUACAGUUAUGCACCAUGUCGGCGAUCUGAUCGGGUUGCUUGACGUUGUGGCGGCUGGGCAAGAGAAGGUUUUUGUAGUGGGUCAUGACUGGGGUGCUUACAUGGCUUGGUUCUUGAGUUUAUUCAGACCAGAUAGAGUUCGAGCUUUGGUCAGUCUUACGGUGUCGUUUCCUCCUAGAAAUCCUAAAGGCAAGAGUGUUCCGACAUUGAGAUCUCUUUAUGGGGGUGACUAUUACAUGUGCAGAUUUCAGGAGGCAGGAGAUAUAGAAGCUGAAUUUGCUGAGCUUGGUACUGAAAGAGUAAUGAAGGAAUUCCUAGCGUACCGUCACCCAGGUCCGCUUUUCUUAUCUAAGGGUAAAGCAUUUUUCCGAUCACCGGAAAAUCCACUUGUGUUGCCCUCUUGGUUGACUGAGGAAGAUGCGCAGUACUACAUCGACAAAUUUGAGAAGACAGGCUUUACCGGAGGAUUGAACAUUUACCGGAAUUUGGACCUAAACUGGGAACUCACUGCACCAUGGACAGGGGCAAAAGUUAAGGUACCAGCUAAGUAUAUUGUAGGUGAUCAGGACAUUGGCUAUAAUUCUCUUGGCACCAAGGCCUAUAUAGAGAAGGGUGGGUUCAAGAGGGAUGUCCCUUUUCUGGAGGAAAUUGUGAUAAUGGAAGGAGUAGCUCACUUCAUCAAUGAAGAGAAGCCUGAGGAGAUCAACAAAUACAUCUAUGAUUUUUUCCAGAAGUUUUAAUCUGUUAUUAUUUUCCGAUUUGUUUGUUUCGUGAGAAAUGUGUUCCAUGUAUUUGUAUCAAUUCAAGCGUCCAACUUUUAUGUUUGUACUUUUAUCAAGCG